AGUCAAACUAUAGACUGAUCAUUUCAACAACGUAUGUUUUUCAGAACGGACACGGAUUUUAUUAUAUAAAAAAAUUUCAAGAAAAUAAAACGGGCGUGUAAACAAACUUAAAGAAAAGUGGAAAAGUGAAAACUAGGGCAACAUAUCAAAGAAAAACAGAAAAUUAUGUGAUAAAUUGAAAAUAAAUAAGAGAUAAAUAAAAAUAAUUAUUUAAAAGAAUAUUUAAACAAUUUUUAACAAAUUCAUUUAAUUGUAAAAGAAAAAAAAUAUAAUAAACAAAACAAAAUGGAGGUUUAUACAUCAGAUAGCAGUGACACCGACUCACGCGAACAGAAAACUUUGGAUUAUGGCCGCAUGAAUUUAUACGAAAUCACUUUGGAAGAUGAUCUCUACUCCGAGACUAAACAGCGUUUGAAAUCACAAAAAGAUAUAGAAAUUUUAUUACUCAAUCAUAAUCGUCUCAAAUUUUUACCCACGACCAUUAAGAAUUUCACAAAUUUACGCAUUUUGGAUUUAAGUUCAAAUCAAUUGACAGAAUUACCCGAAGCAAUAGCCCAAUUGCCGUUGGUCACUUUAGUGGCCAAAAAUAAUCAAUUAACCAAUCAAUCAUUGCCCAAAACGUUUACCAUGAAAAAUCAACAAUCCUGCCUAAAAGAAUUGAAUUUAAGUGGCAAUCUUUUGACCCACUUUCCGGAACAGGUUAUCGAAUUAAGGAAUUUGAAAUAUUUAUAUGUUGGAGGCAAUCAAAUAACCGCCAUAAGCAAAGAUAUCUGGAAAAUGCAAAGGUGAGUGUUAAGGUUAAAU